GGGCCCGCCGCCUCCACCCUCGGGCGUUCCGGGCCCGGGGCCUAAGCAGGGCCCGGGCCCCGGUGGCCCCAAAGGCGGCAAAAUGCCUGGCGGUCCGAAGCCCGGCGGCGGCCCAGGCCUAAGCACUCCCGGCGGCCACCCCAAGCCGCCGCAUCGGGGCGGCGGGGAGCCCCGCGGGGGCCGCCAGCACCACCCGCCCUACCACCAGCAGCACCACCAGGGGCCCCCGCCCGGCGGCCGCAGCGAGGAAAAGAUCUCGGACUCAGAGGUGAGUGGAUUUAAGGCCAACUUGUCUCUCUUGAGGAGGCCUGGAGAGAAAACUUACACACAACGCUGUCGGUUGUUUGUUGGGAAUCUACCGGCUGAUAUCACAGAGGAUGAAUUCAAAAGACUGUUUGCUAAAUAUGGAGAACCAGGAGAAGUUUUUAUCAACAAAGGCAAAGGAUUCGGUUUUAUUAAGCUUGAAUCUAGAGCAUUGGCUGAAAUUGCCAAAGCUGAACUCGAUGAUACACCCAUGAGAGGUAGACAGCUUCGGGUCCGCUUUGCCACACAUGCUGCUGCCCUUUCUGUUCGUAAUCUUUCACCUUAUGUUUCCAAUGAACUUUUGGAAGAAGCUUUUAGCCAGUUUGGUCCUAUUGAAAGGGCUGUUGUAAUUGUGGAUGAUCGUGGAAGAUCUACAGGGAAAGGCAUUGUUGAAUUUGCUUCAAAACCAGCAGCAAGAAAGGCAUUUGAACGAUGCAGUGAAGGUGUUUUCUUGUUGACAACAACUCCUCGUCCAGUCAUUGUGGAACCACUUGAACAGUUAGAUGAUGAAGAUGGUCUUCCUGAAAAACUUGCACAGAAGAAUCCAAUGUAUCAAAAGGAGAGGGAAACUCCUCCUCGCUUUGCCCAGCAUGGUACAUUUGAGUAUGAAUAUUCUCAGCGAUGGAAGUCCUUAGAUGAGAUGGAAAAACAACAAAGGGAACAAGUUGAAAAAAACAUGAAGGAUGCAAAAGACAAAUUGGAAAGUGAAAUGGAAGAUGCCUAUCAUGAACACCAGGCAAAUCUUUUGCGCCAAGAUUUGAUGAGACGACAGGAAGAAUUGAGACGCAUGGAAGAACUUCAUAAUCAAGAAAUGCAGAAACGUAAAGAAAUGCAGUUGAGGCAAGAAGAGGAACGACGUAGAAGGGAGGAAGAGAUGAUGAUUCGUCAGCGUGAGAUGGAAGAACAAAUGAGACGCCAAAGAGAGGAAAGUUAUAGCCGGAUGGGCUACAUGGAUCCAAGAGAAAGAGACAUGAGAAUGGGUGGCGGAGGAGCAAUGAACAUGGGAGAUCCCUAUGGUUCAGGAGGCCAGAAAUUUCCACCUCUAGGUGGUGGUGGUGGCAUAGGUUACGAAGCUAAUCCUGGAGUUCCACCAGCAACCAUGAGUGGUUCCAUGAUGGGAAGCGACAUGGUAAGAAUGAUUGAUGUUGGCUGAUACCAGAGUGCUCAUUCACUUGAAGUGGAUAGAUACUUGUUCUCAAGACGCCACACAGCGUGAGCCAACCAAGAAGGGACCGCACAAGUUGUUAGACUGACAUGUGUCUAGGUAAGAUCAGGUGAGCUGUGUCCAGAAAACCAGUGAGGAGGAAUGCAAGGAGGAAAGAACAACAUAUUUGUCAUUAAUAAAGACAUUUUGAUUAUC